UGAAAUGAUAGAUUUUUUUUUUUCUGAAACGCCCAUGAACUGAUACUGAUAGAUUAUCCAUAUUUCCUCCUCAGCCUCUGCCAUUGAUUUUGUCAAAGAUUUCUCGGAAAGAAGAAUCUGAUACACAGAACCUCGAUGACGAUCGUAGCAUCACUACCGGGCAUUAACCUCUUUUCUUCUCUGCCGCCGACGCCGCCGCCGACGUCGUCGGGCCCUUCUGCCGGAAUCUCGCCACCUCCGCCUCCGAUACCGAUACCCAAAUACCCACCGCCACGCAGGACCCGAUUUCCCACAAAUACCCCUCGUGCACCUCCAAAACCGCAAUCCAGUCCCGCCCUGAAGCUUCCUCACAGACGAUCGAAGUACUACAAGCCGGUGAAGGAUGGAGUCAUAUCGGAGGACGGUGAACGCGCUGUUGUGGUGGGCGAUUCCGGCGUGUCGUACCAGCUCCCCGGCGCGCCGUUCGAGUUCCAGUUCAGCUACUCCGAAACGCCGAAGGCGAAGCCGCUGGCGAUUCGCGAGCCGGCGUUCCUGCCGUUCGCGCCGCCGACGAUGCCGCGUCCGUGGACAGGGAAAGCGCCCUUGAAGAAGUCGAAGAAGAAGGUCCCGUUGUUCGAUUCCUUCGACCCUCCCGCGGCAAAACCCGGCGUGAAGUACGUCGAAAUGCCGGGCCCGUUUCCGUUCGGGAAGUACCCCAAGGAAGGCAAAACGAGAGAGGAGAUUCUCGGGGAGCCAUUGAAGAAGUGGGAGAUUCAGAUGCUAAUAAAGCCGCAUCUGCACGAGAAUCGCCAGGUUAAUCUGGGAAGAGAUGGAUUUACGCAUAAUAUGUUGGAAAUGGUACAUAAUCAUUGGAAGAGACGUCGUGUCUGCAAGGUUCGCUGCAAAGGUGUUCCGACAGUUGAUAUGGAUAAUGUCUGUCGUGUUCUUGAGGAAAAGACUGGAGGAAAGAUCAUUCACAGAGUCGGAGGUGUCUUGUACAUCUUCAGGGGAAGAAACUACAAUUACCGAACACGUCCACAGUAUCCGUUGAUGCUAUGGAAGCCGGCAGCUCCUGUUUAUCCAAAGCUCAUUCAAGAAGCUCCCGAGGGAUUGACAAAAGCCGAAGCUGACGAGUUGAAGGACAAGGGGAAGUCUCUUCUGCCCAUUUGCAAGUUGGCGAAAAAUGGGGUCUAUAUUUCACUGGUUAAAGAUGUGAGGAAUGCCUUUGAACUGAGUCCUUUGGUGAAGGUAGACUGUAAAGGACUUGAGCCAAGCGAUUACAAGAAAAUAGGCGCUAAGCUUAAGCAGGAACUGGUGCCUUGUGUGCUUCUGUCUUUUGACAACGAGCAAAUACUCAUGUGGAGAGGAAGAGAUUGGGAAUCACAGUUCCAAAACAACACUUUACCUCUAAACACUUCUCACACAAACAUGGCAAACGAUCCACGUUCUUCAGAUACUGUGUCUGAUCCCAAUACGGUGAUCUCAAGUCCGAAAAUGAUGUCGCUAUGGAAACGAGCCAUGGAAUCUAGCAAAGCAAUGAUUCUGGAAGAGCUUGAUCUGAACCCAGAUGAUCUCUUGAAGAAGGUGGAAGAGUUUGAAGGCGCUUCACAGGCUGCGGAACACACUUACACGGCUCUGGUCUUGUCGGACAGAAGAGAUGAUGACGGUUCGGUGUCCGAGCUCGAGAACUAUGAUUACAUUGACGAUGACUUUGACGACGAAUUCUCGGACGGGGAAUCCGUUCCACUGGGAUCAUUGCCCGUUGAUCGGAUAGCUGAGAAGCUCAGAGAGAAAUUAAAAUAAGAUCCAUUGGUGUUGGUUUUAAGAACGGAACUUGUAAAUAUGUAUGCCCCUCAUAUUCAGAACACAUUCCCGAGUUUGACUCAACAUUUUCUGUAGACUAAAUCUUUGACAUGUUCUGAAACAUGUCGGCUGAGUCAUGCGAA